UUAAAGCCGAGUCGUAGCGGUUUAAUUUGUAGUCCAUCUAAAGAAUAAUACUUGAACUCACAAUGACCCAGACCCGAGUGUAUGUAGUUGGUGUUGGCAUGACCAAGUUCGAGAAGCCUGGUCGCCGCACCGAUAUUUGUUAUCCGGACUUUGCCAAAGAGGCAGUCACGAAAGCUCUCCAGGAUGCCAAGCUCCAGUACACGGAUGUGCAACAGGCUGUUGUGGGCUAUGUCUACGGCGACUCCACCUGCGGUCAGCGUGCGGUCUAUGAGGUGGGCAUGACUGGCAUUCCCGUCUACAAUGUGAACAACAACUGCUCCACGGGCUCGAGUGCCCUGUAUCUGGGCAAGCAAAUCAUCGAGUCGGGCAACGCAGACUGUGUYCUSGCUCUGGGAUUUGAGAAAAUGGAGCGUGGCUCGUUGGCGUCAAAGUACUUUGAUCGUGCCAAUCCCAUGGAGCGUCACAUUACCGAAAUGGGAGAGCUAACAGAGAUUGGACCUGGACCAAUGGCUGCGCAGAUCUUUGGCAAUGCUGGCAAGGAGCACAUGAAGAAGUACGGUUCCAAGCCGGAACAUUUCGGCAAGAUCGCCUGGAAGAAUCACAAGCACUCGGUUAAUAAUCCAUACUCCCAGUUCCGUGAUGAAUACAGCCUGGAGCAGAUUAUGAAGUCUCCGCAGGUGGUGGAAGGUGUGCUCACCAAGCUGCAGUGCUGUCCCACUUCAGAUGGCUCGGGUGCUGCAAUUCUGGCCUCAGAGCAAUUUGUGCGUCGUCAUGGUCUGGAAAAGCAGGCCGUUGAGAUUGUGGGCAUGGAGAUGGCCAGCGAUCCCGAGUCGACCUUUGCUGACAAGAGCCUCAUGAAGAUUGCCGGCUAUGACAUGACUCGCCUUGCCGCUCAGCGGCUGUUCGCCAAGAGCGGUUUCAAGCCACAGGAUGUGCAGGUCGUGGAGCUGCACGAUUGCUUCUCGGCCAACGAGCUGAUCACCUACGAGGCCUUGGGCCUGUGUGGAGAGGGCAAGGCUGGCGAGUUUAUCGAUAAGGGAGACAACACGUAUGGCGGCAAAUUUGUGAUCAAUCCCAGUGGAGGACUCAUCUCCAAGGGACAUCCCUUGGGCGCCACAGGCUUGGCUCAGUGCGCCGAGCUGUGCUGGCAGCUGCGUGGCUUGGCUGAGAAGCGCCAGGUGCCUAAUGUCAAGUUGGCACUGCAACAUAAUCUGGGUCUGGGUGGUGCCGUUGUGGUAUCUCUCUAUCGCUUGGGUUUCCCGGGUGCCGGUGGCGUGAAGCAGAACAAGACCGCUGCCGCAAAGAACGCAACCAGCGAGGAGGGCUUCAAAGUGUCGCCGCUGCUUAAGCUGCUCGAGCAGGCCAUGCAAGAGGACCAAGACAAUCUAAUUGAAAAGGUGCGUGCUGUGUAUGGCUUCAGGGUGAACAAUGGACCCCAAGGUCAGACCGGCUUCUGGGUAAUUGAUGCUAAGCAAGGCAAGGGCAAGGUCAUCUUCAACGGAACGCAAAAAUGCGAUGUUACCUUUAUAAUCAGCGACGAUGAUGUGUACGAGCUGUUGUUGGGCAAACUGCCACCACAGAAGGCCUUCUUCCAGGGCAAGAUCAAGAUUCAGGGCAAUAUGGGCUUCGCCAUGAAGCUGUUGGACUUGCAGCGCUCAGCGCAGGGUCGCAUCCAGGAGCUGCGCUCCAAGCUUUAAGCAUUCCAUUGAUAUUUGCAAUUAAUUUUAGGUGGGUUUUUUUAAAACGGAUUAUAUACAUAUAUACAUAUU